AUGGACGAAACGCAAGGGCAACGGCGGGCAAAGGAAUCGUCCAACGACGGACUAGAAGCCUGCGCCGAGAAGGCGACGGUCCAAUCGCCAAGCAGGUUACGCGCCGCCGAGGGGACCUCCGUGGUCGAGGACGACGUCGACGGCGUCUUCGAGACGGACGACAGGACACUCGAGCAGUUGCUAGCGGACGUCGAUGCCGUCGAGGAGCCAUCUUCCAUCGCCCACGAGCCUAGGGAUGAAGAGGUUAAGGCUCUGCUGCGACGGCUGCGCGACGACGAUAAAGGACCAAAAGGUGUGCACGACUCGGAUGACUCGGACGGCGAGAAGAUGGCAACUGAGGUGCAUGAUAUCAUCGCCCGCUUCCGCGACGAGAUCGACCUCGACCCGAUGAGUCGACAAGACGACCUAGAAUCCCCUUUGGAACGAAAUCACAGUCACCGGGAGGCAACCGGCACCGAAGACGACGAGCUGGACGAAGGAAUGGACCUCCCCACUCUGCCCUCCAAUCUUGACGUCCUCCCUUCCGGUACCAUCCCUAACUCCACGCCCACAACCGAUGUCGUCGCCGCCGCCUCCUCCGUAUACGCAUCCUCGCCGGCACCCAGCACCGCCCUCGAAGACCUGACCGCCCGCAUGGCCGCCCUCCGCGCCCCCUCUCCCGCCCUCCGCCUCCCCACCGUCCCGUCCGGUCAGCCGACGCCUGCGGGCGAGCCCGUUCGCCGCCUCACGAGCACGACCGACUACACCGACGACGACGUCGACUCUUGGUGCACCGUCUGCCUCGAGGACGCCGCUCUGCGCUGCCUCGGCUGCGAGGACGACCCCUACUGCGUCCGCUGCUGGCGCGAGAUGCAUCAAGGUUCGGCCGCUGCCUUUGAUGACCAGGCGCACAAGGCAGUGCAGUUUACGAAAAAUCGGAAGGCGAAGGAGCCCAAGCUGGCGCUGGGCGCCGUGUAG